UCAAGAGGGCACCACAGCAAAUACCCAUUUAGUUCUCUCUUUAGACCACAAGAGAUGCCAAUAUCAAUGGAUUUGGAUGGAUUUGUCAGAUUCUCCAAAGCCGAAGUGUACUCUUUGUCCCAACCAUUUCUUUCGAUUGUCAGCCAUGUUUCAGAGAUUCGAACAUUCUUUCUCGAGAGAUGUAGCUGUUUCGUUGACGAUCACGUGGGACGCUCAACAGAUUUUCUGAGGAUUUCUGAGGUGUAGGUGUCGCCAACCAUGAUGUUCACCUGAUCUUGAUGAGCCCUGUCGACUUUCUGUUUGCAGGAUAUGCCCCAGAAGGAGCCUCAGAAUGUGCAGCUUGUCCUACUGGAGAAGUCCCGGACCACGGCCGCACUGACUGCACGCCUUGUGCUCCGGGAGAGUAUGCAGAUGGUGAGACAUGCCGGCUUUGUCGAUUCCCUCGCUUCUUGAACAACAACAACUGUAUUUGGUGGCACCUUCCGAUGAUCGUCCUGCUGCUCCUCUUCUUCUCCGCCCUCGUCUUCCUCGGGCACCGCAUCACCAAGCGGCGCCGGAAGCGCUGGACCGAGCGCCGUGAAGAGGAGGUGAACCAGAUCCUUCAACAGCUCGAACAGGAGCUUUGGCAUGAGAAGCUGAACACCAUGAACAGGUUCUUUGUGGCCUUGAGCGGCUUUGGCUGGAGCUGGAACCAAGUGUGUCAGCGAGCUGAAGAGAUCCGGGCCCGUCACAGCGCCCAUGCGGGUGUGAGCCUCGCGUAUUUGAUGGGUGACUUCUCACAGUUGGCCUAUGACUGGUCGGGCGAGCAUGAUCCAACAUUUCUUCGCUUGAAGGAGGUCUUCUGGCAAGGCGAGGAGAAGCUCGGAUCCGACAUUCGUUGCCCCCGCGAUGGGCGACCAGGAUGCGCGCUGGUGGAUUGGCUGUCGCCAGAGCAUCGUCAAAUGCAGACGCAUUUUAUGCCACUUGGCCAGACCAAAAAACGCCACGAGAAGCGGAAAGGAUCGGCCAUGGGAAGUGACAAUUUGGAAGAAGUCUUCGAGAAGAAUCUCCGGCGCAUCGGGCGUGUGGUCGCAGUGUUGGACACAUGGCAGCAGCCUGUCUACCUGCAACGUGUGUGGACGAUCUACGAGCAGUGUCUCUAUCGGAUCAGAUCCUUUGCUGAGACGCAGAUCUCUCGUGGAGCGUCGGGCAUCGACGACGUGACGUCGUCCCUGUGCCACGUCAACGUGGCCGAUGCCCGAGCCUUUGAUCCGAGAGAUGAGGAGAAGGUGGGUUUUGACCGAGUGAACCAGCACGUAAAACAUGCAAUGAUCCAGUGGAUUGGUGUGGUGGUGAAAGAGAAGUUCCAGUGGUACCAUGCAGACGAGGCGACCAAGUUGCAGCUGCCCCACGGAGCGCCUGGUGGAUGGGACGUUUCAUCGGUGACGAAUAUGAGUGGCCUCUUUAAAGACCUGGAGCACUUCAACGAGAACAUCAGCGCCUGGGAUACCUCCAAGGUCGCCGACAUGAGCUCCAUGUUCUUUGGGGCCACUGCCUUCAACAUGCCCAUCGGUGAGUGGAACACAUCACGCGUGCAGACCAUGAGCAAGAUGUUUUGGAAGGCUACAAAGUUCAACCAACCGAUUGAGUCGUGGAAGACCGCAGCAGUCGUUGACAUGUACGAAAUGUUCCAUGGGGCCAGUUCCUUUGAUCAGCCGAUCGGUGCUUGGGACACAGCCGAGGUGAGAGACAUGUCUGGCAUGUUCGCAGCGGCAGCAUCCUUUGACCAACCCAUCGGCGCAUGGGACACGUCUCGAGUCAAGAGUAUGGACACCAUGUUUGAUCAAGCAGUGUCCUUCAAUCGGCCACUCAAUGAAUGGGACACAGGGUCGGUGACGAACUUCUCUGCCAUGUUCAUCCGCGCUAGCUCGUUUGACCAGCCCCUUGGGACGUGGGACACAUCGGCUGCCACAGACAUGAGAGACAUGUUUUCAGGUGCCAGAAGCUUUAACCAGCCUUUGUCAACCUGGAACUUCACAUCAAUCCCAGAUGAGACGGCAAUGUCCAAUGCCUUUACCGGGUCGGGGAUGUCGGAUUGUAUGUUUCGCGCCAGCUCUGAGGCUGUAGGUUUGCCUCCCAGAAUAUCUCGUCCUUGGGCAUAUUCAGCCUGUCCCAGCUGCCCUUGCCCUCAGACGAAUCUGGCCUGCGUCGAUGGAGCCUGUCGACCAGUGAACUCUGGCUUCAUCGAGCUUGAGAAAGGCCCUUGGGAUGAUGCAGAUGCAACGCCUGCGACAGUAGUGGGCUUUGGAGCUUGCGCAAAAGCUUGUGAAGCUUCAGAUGGCUUUGCGUUCCUCCUUGAAGAGUCUGGGCGCUGUUUGCUGAUACAUGAGCCUAGGCUCACACAGGACACAGCGCUGAAAGGAACUUCAAUUAGAGGACGGACCAGGGCCUUUCGCCGGACCUCCUGCGGGACCUUCUCCUGUCCCGCUGGAACGGUGCCGACACCAACGACUCGGGCGGAGGAGUCGGAGGUGGAGGUCUCCGCGGCCGCCUGCUGCAGGUGCUCAGCCAGCAAUCAGGUCCGAGAUCGGAGCAAGGAACCCGAUUUGGUCUGUGUUGUCUGCCCAGCAGGAAGAGCUGCCAAGAAUGACGAGUGCCACGCGUGCACAGAAGGAUAUGCCCCAGAAGGGGCCUCACAAUGUGCAGCUUGUCCUACUGGAGAAGUCCCACACCACGGCCGCACUGACUGCACGCCUUGUGCUCCGGGAGAAUAUGCAGAUGGUGAGACAUGCCGGCUUUGUCGAUUCCCUCGUUUCUUGAAUGGCAACAACUGUAUUUGGUGGCACCUUCCGAUGAUCGUCCUGGUGCUCCUCUUCUUCUCCGCCCUCGUCUUCCUCGGGCACCGCGUCACCAAGCGGCGCCGGAAGCGCUGGACCGAGCGCCGUGAAGAGGAGGUGAACCAGAUCCUUCAACAGCUCGAACAGGAGCUUUGGCAUGAGAAGCUGAACACCAUGAACAGGUUUUUUGUGGCCUUGAACGGCUUUGGCUGGACCUGGAACCAAGUGUGUCAGCGAGCUGAAGAGAUCCGGGCCCGUCACAGCGCCCAUGCGGGUGUGAGCCUGGCGUAUUUGAUGGGUGACUUCUCACGGGUGGCCUAUGACUGGUCUGGCGAGGAUGAUCCAACAUUUCUUCGCUUGAAGGAGGUCUUCUGGCAAGGCGAGGAGAAGCUCGGAUCUGACAUUCCUUGCCCCCGCGAUGGGCGACCAGGAUGCGCGCUGGUGGAUUGGCUGUCGCCAGAGCAUCGUCAAAUGCAGACGCAUUUUAUGAUCUCUCGCGGAGAGUCGGGCAUCGACGACGUCACAUCAUCCCUGUGCCACGUCAACGUGGCCGAUGCUCGAGCCUUUGAUCCCAGAGACGAGGAGAAGGGGAUGGGAGACCGAAACAUCCGGAGGGUCGUCGCCGGCUCCGGUGCGAGGAGUGGAGAAGUUGGCUGCCAGGAGUGGAGUGAGGACUGGCUGAAGGGCCAAGUUUUGGAGGCCCCAACAGCUGAUAUGACCGGAGGCGAGGCGGUUCCGCCGGGUCGGGUUGGCGACCGGAAGGUUCGUGCCAUGGAUCGCCUGCGGAGCGAUGCUCUCGCAAGGCAGUCGGACGAGCUGCGACGGACUCUCCGGGAGCGUGUAGGACCGGUGAGUCCGCCGAGCUUGGCGGCUUUUUUCAUGUUUUGGCUCUGUGAAGAGGAUAUCGAUCCGGAGCCAGAGGUUGGCGGUCAGCCUGCGAGCUUGGCGAGCUCCGCCCAGGUGGGGCUUGGCUCUGGCCUGUUGAUCUACCUCACGGCGCAGGCACAUGAUGUGACGAGAUCGUCCUUGGUUUGGUUCUCGUGCAUGCUCACUGGCGGUCUGCGAGCGAUCGCCCAGCUCCGCACCACGGCGCCCCAGUCAGAGGACGCGCUGCUGGUGACCGUGUUGAUCUUCAGCUGUUUGCUGGGCUGUGGCUUGCCGCAGGCGGCUUGCCUGAAGUCUGAGGCGAUGCUUCUGGGCGUGGCUUCGAUGCUGGCCAGCGAGGCGCUUUGCAACAUCGAGGUGCUGGCGGGGACCGGCCAAGUAGUGCUGUCCAUCCUGCUCCUGGGCUUUGGCCUGACGGGCUUGCUCGAGAGCGACUCGAGCGAGCGCAGCUCUGCCCCGUACUUGGCCACGUCGAGUGUCGCCGAGGGAGGCAAAGGUUCCGGAAUGCCUGGCGCUUCCUCAGGUGACAAGAAGCGCGAGAAGUCAGGGCUCGGCUACGAGCCCUUCUUCCCGGCCACGGUCCUGGAGGCUCAGAAGUAUUCGCCACACUUUCUAGUGAGCUGCCGUGCUCGGCAUCUGCGAGGAGCUGCGGCCGAGCAGCUGCUGGAGCUGGUGCCCCGGCAGCCGCAGGAGAAUCCCAGAGGCAAGGCCAAGGCCGAAAGCAAGCGGAGGGAGAAGGCUGCAGCCCGUGGUCCGGUGCCCUUCGAGCCCUCCGAGCCGAAGGAAAAUGCCCCAAAGUCAGGAGCGGCCAAAGCUGCCGACCUUCGUCCAGAGGACGACCCGCGGGACGACCGCGCCGAGCCGGAGAAGCCGGCGGAGACACCGAAGACACCGACGCCCGCGAUGGAGGUGGAGCCGGAGCGGGAGUCCCGUGCAGUGCCUGUCCUGGGUGGAGGUGAGUCCUUGCUCCUGGAAAGCAAAGCAGAAGAGGGAGAGGAGGCCCUCGAUGCGGAGGCGAAGGACGAGGGGAGCCGACUGCAGGCGGCGCUCAGCGCGGCGGCCCCCGAGUUCCGCCCGCCGUCGGCGUUGGAGUUCUGCACGCAGGCUGCCGCCGAGGCUGCUGCGGGUGAUGAAUCCGCCAUGCACUUUGAUGGGCCAUCGAGCACGAUGGACAGCUGUCCGUCAGCCUUUGAUGGAAUGGUUUUUGAUGUGCCAUCGCAAGGGUGCUUUGAUGGGCAGAUGGGCUUUGAUGGUGGCUUUGAUGGGCCAAUGAGAUUCGAUGGCGCGCAAGAGGGAUGCUUUAAUGGACCAAUGGCUUUUGAUGGGCCAGUGCCCCAUGGCGACCCGGUCGUGGGCUUUGAUGCACACCCGUACGCUGGGCCGUGCGGUGCGCACGGCGCGCACGGCGCUGCACACGCAUAUGGUGGGCACCCCAUGAGCUAUGAUGCGCAGCCCUUCGAGGGCUAUGCGGAUCCGGACUACGGCUAUGAGAUGGGCUACUACGAGGAGGGGUUCGAGUACGCACAGGCCCAGGAUUGGUCCUGGGGGGAUGCUUCUGUGCCGUACGCAGGUGAUGACCUUCACGAGCCCAUCCAGGCCUUCGCACCGCUGGAAGGCACCUGGGCUGCUGCAAGCAGUCGACUGGAAGAGCUUGAGCAGGAUGAUGAGGAGGAGGACGAGAAGGUGGAACCGUUGGCGGCGGACAUCCCCGACCCUGGCCUCGGGCGAGCCUCGCAGGCUCGUCAAAGCAUGGAAGAAGCGCGCACCAGUGGCAAGGGCAAAGGUGCCGUCCGGGGCGCCUCUGACAGUCGCGAGGGGAAGUCCGGCAAGAACUGGAAAGGGAGUGAGAAGGGCAAAGGAGAGAAGGGAGACGCCAAGGAGAACAAAGGCGAGCGAGGGAAGAAAGGCCGCGAAGGGCGGGAAAUGACAGAUGGCCGCCAAUGGGCUUACAUCGACCCCCGCGGCAACAUUCAGAUGGGCUUCAGCAGCUCGAGGAUGAGGAACUGGUUUCAGAACGGCUUCUUUCAGGAGCACUUGGAGGUCGCCCUGAUGCGAGAGUCGGGUCAGGCCCCUCCACGCCGCGCCUUCCGGCGCCUGCGCGAGAUCUUCCCCGACCUCGACCGGUGUUUCCUGUGA